AUGAGUUUUCAAAAAAAUGUCAAUCCAGUUCAUUCUGAAUGUCUUGGGGAGAAGCAUGAAAUGCUUCUCAAUUUACAAGUUCAUCAUUUUUCUCCUUUUCCCCCUCCAGAGGCUGCUACUGACCCCCCUAAGACACCUGACAGUGAACCUCUGUUUACAAAGCUGCGCAAUCCAAGCACAGGGGAAGCAACCCUUUACUUAUUCAAUAGUGGUGCACAGCAGCUGUUUGAAGUAAAAGCUUUUCAGGAGGAGUAUCGUUCCUGGUUUAUAGACCAGAGUGUUCAACAGGAUGGGCGCCUGCUGUUUGUUACACCAAUGGACCCCUUGUUUCUGAUACUUUACUACCUCAUAAAGGCAGACAAAGAGCAGCAAGGAAAAUUCCAGCCACUCAAUCAAGUUGUGCUGGACCCAGAGUACCCUAACUGCCCGUUGCUCCUGAAGUGUGUGGAUGCUAAACAGCACAUACAUCAUGUAACAGAAGAAAAAG